GUCGUUCGGGCCCGCAGCAUCGCUCCAAAAUCAGCACAAGCUAUGGCAGCAUCGGACCGCGCCGCACUCACGGCGCGCUUCCAGCAGCUGGCGCGGCAGGACGAAGAGCGCAGACUGGCCUCGUUCACCUGCGACGACGCAUGGACGCUCGGGCAGUAUGCGCGCGAGGCAUAUGAAAGGCACAGCGCCGGCGCAGCGCGGCGCGUCGGCGUCGCCAUCCAGAUCCACUCGUUCGACGGCCAGGUGCUGUUUGCCUGCGUCGUCGGCCAGGGCGCCACGCCGCGUCUGGGCGAGAUGAUCCGCCGCAAGAUCGAGACGGUGCGUGUGUACUCGGUCAGCUCGUACGCCAUCGGGCGCAAGCUGCUCGGCCAGGGCAAGACGCUCGACGACCUCGGGCCCGACCACGCGCCGCACGGCGGCGCCGUGCCCAUCUUUGUGCGCUCGGUCGGCGCACCAGUCGGCGCAAUCGCUGUCUCCGGCCUGUCGCAGGAGGUGGACCAUGCCAUUGCAGUCGAGGCGCUCGAGCGACACAUCAGUGCGGCGGGGCCUGCUCACUAGAGCGCCAGGGUCGCGACGGCCGAGCAGGCCAUUGUCUAUGCCUCGCUGUGCGGCAGCAUGUGAUUGUCUAUGGCACUUUCUCGCGCAGGCGCACCGUAGCCGUGAGAGCGGGCUACGUCGCAGCGAUGUUGCAUGAGACGCAGAGUGGAGUCGAGUCGAUAGCAGAGCCGAGUGAGGCGGGUGCACUGCGUACUGCGGCUGUUGUCUGCGUCGGCGCUGCGCCGCCCGUUGCCGCGCGCCGUGCCGUUUUGCUUCCGCGACGCGGUGCGGCGCAUCCGCACAAGCGCUCUGCCUUGC